AAAAAUGCAAUCUCGGUUGUCACGGUGGACAAUAUCCAAAAGCAUAUCAAGAAGGACACACCUAUAUAUAUCGUCUGGAAGGAACAUCUGUAACAUCUGUCACGGAUGCAAAAGGCGACAGUAUUCUCAAUUUGAAAGCCAUCGUUGAAUUGACUGCUAAACCUGAUUGUGUUUUACAAUUAAAACUUAAGGACGUCAAUGUAAAUGAUGCUGCAGCUUCUUUGCCAGAUCUUCAAAAGCACGCACUUCAGUUCAGUUAUCAUCAUGGUCACAUUGAUCCUGACGUUUGUGCGGAACCAGAUGAUUCACAAACAUCAUUAAACAUCAAGAGAGCCGUAAUAUCUUUGUUCCAAUCAGCUGUUCAACUUGAAUCCGGUUCUACUGUUCAUCAUGAGACCGAUGUAUUUGGCAGUUGUUCGACCGACUUCACUUUCCAAAAGGAAGGUGAUUCCUUGCUCGUGCAGAAAUAUAAAGACCUUUCGCAAUGUUCGUAUCGCGAAAAUAUUGGACAAGGACUUGUAACGUCGGUAUUCGACAAAUCGUCUGGCAUCAAAUCAACCCCAUUGCUCGAAUCUCAACAGAAGAUUGAACAACGCUUUAAACAGGGUAUCUUGAACAAAGCAUCAUCGACGGAAACUUACAAAUUACAACCAUUUAGUAACGGUGAUGCAGGAGCAAGGACCGUAGUUGAAACGACUUUAACAUUUAAAGGAGAGAAAGGUGACAAUCCGUCAGCACCGGUGUCCGUUCCCAAGUCGAUCAUUUUCGAAGCUCCGCAUCCGGUCGUCAAAUCGUCAGUAGAUGCAAUUAGCAAUGCAUUGAAGGCCGUGUCGAAGGAAAAAGGGGAAAUCGUUCGUGAAAAGGCAGCCGAGAAAUUUGCCGAACUUGUCAAAGUGCUUCGAUUAAGCAGCAAGAAGGACAUUCUUUCGGUAUAUCAGAAGGUCAAUGCUGGUUCGGGUUUUAAUAAAGUUUCCGAUAAGAAGAUAUUCUUGGACGCACUUUUCCGUACCGGUAGCGGCGAGGCAGCUGAAGUGGCCGUAGAGCUUGUAAAAACUCACCAAUUAACUCAUUUGCAAAAUUUUGUCUUCUACGCCAGUCUCCCCUUGAUUCGACACGUCAAUCUUCCAGCAAUAACAGCUGUAACGUCACUUUUAAAUCAACCGAAUAUACCAAGAAUUGGUUAUCUUGGAAUUGGACAUAUCAUUGGCAAAUAUUGUCAAGAUCAUCCCUGUGAAAAUGUUCCAGUAGUAAAAGACGCUAUACACAAGAUUCGCGAGAAAGUUGGAAACGGUAGGACGAAAAAUCGAGUCCAAGAGAAUCAAAUAAUUUCUAGCUUGAAGGCACUCGGUAAUUCGAAAUAUCUGGAUGAUGCUACUUUACAAAAAUUAUCAAACAUCGUUGCCGACAAACAAGUACGUAAUCGAGUACGGGUUGCCGCUAUUGAAGCAUUGUCAAAUACUUGCUCGAUGAAAUGGAAGAAUCAAGUUAUGAAUGUAUUGAGUGACCACGAUGAAGACAGUGAGAUUAGGAUAAAAGUAUAUCUUGCUUUGGUAAAUUGCGCGUGUCCACAUGUUGCUACCAAAAUAGAAGAGAUAUUAAACAAGGAAACCGUGAAUCAAGUUGGAUCCUUCAUAACCAGUCAUCUCCGUAAUUUAAGAGCAUCGACAGAUCCUAACAAGAAAGCUGCUAAAAAAUUCUUGAGUCAUAUCAAGCCACACACCAAAUUCUCAGAAGAUUUUCGCAAAUUCUCUUUCAACAACGAAUUUUCUUAUAAUCUCGAAGCACUAGGUGUCGGUUCUUCCGUUGAAAGUAACGUGAUUUACAGUCAAAAUAGUUACGUACCACGUUCAACUAGCUUGAAUCUAACUGCUGAAGUAUUCGGACAAUCCUUCAAUUUCUUCGAACUCGAUACACGUGUAGAAAAUCUUGACAGAAUUAUAGAACAUUACUUUGGACCUAAAGGAGAAUUAAGCGAACAUUUCGUCGAUUUGAAGACAGCCAAGGAAACCGCCGAAAAUGCCGACGAGGUCAAAAAAUACAUAUAUCAACGUUUCGAUCAAUUGAAACGUAACAAACGCGAAGUAAAACAAGGUGAAUUAGACAAAUUUGCAAAAAAUGUACGGCUACGUAACACCGAAGUAGAUGAGGACCUUAACGUUGACUUGUCUGUGAAAUUAUUUGGCGUAGAACUCGCAUAUUUGAGUUAUCAGGACAAUCCGCAGACAUUCGAACCGAAGCAACUUAUCGAUAAGAUAUUUGCAAAUUUCGAAACAGGAUUUGACAUGAUUAAGGACUUCGAUUAUAACUUCCAAAAUCAUCUUCACUUUUUAGACGCUGAACUGGUCUAUCCAACUGGUUUGGGUAUACCAUUGACAUUGGGUGUAACAGGAACUAGUGUAGUUAAUUUAAAGGCUAAAGGAAAAUUGGAUGUGGCAACUAUUUUGCGCGACCAAGAUAACGCAGCUGUUCGAAUUGCUCUUGAACCAAGUGCAUCGAUCAGAAUCACCGGUAGCAUGAUGCUCGAGACAUUAAAUAAGAAAUCUGGUGUGGUUAUUGCUGCUACUCUCGUAACCGAUACAGCUUCGGACUUGUCCAUCAGAAUGCUCGACGGUACUGGGUUUGACGUUAACUUUGGUAUCCCUAAAAAGACACAACAGCUUAUCUCCGUAUCCAGCGAAGUUCUAUUUGCAAAGGGUGAAAAUCUCGUUCCCCUUGAAUUUGGAAAAAGCAGGGACUAUUCAGAUCGUUUCGAACAAUUGUCUUCACUUUUAGGUUUGAGUGUGAAAGGGCAUAUUCAGCUCCCAUACAACGAUCUUGAAUCAAUUAAAAGUAAACCUUUCUUCCCGUUGAGCGGCCCAACUAAAUUUGGCAUAGCCAUUGAAAACGACGACGUUAAGAAUUAUUACUUUAAAAUUUAUUAUAACCAAAACGUGCCCAAUGCGCGUGGCUUGGAAAUUUUGUUCGAUACGCCCAAUAGCAAAACGAACAGACGCCUUUCCUUGCUGGUAGAAGGUGGUCUCGAACCAGAUAAAUAUUUCAAGGUAGAUCUCAAUAUGCCUCUGAAAAAGGCUUCAGCUUUAGUUAUCAUCAAAAACAGACCCGAGGAGAAAACAUUCUCGCUUACCGCUCAACACGAUUUUAACGAUUACUUCUUCCGUGCUGGUAUUGUCGCUAAUGGCAACAAGUACAAGCCUGUAUUAGAAUAUAAAGUACCGGAACAUAUCGAGAAAUUAUCAACCACGAAGAUGGCAAUCAAGGGUGGACAUGAUGGUGGUCAAUUAUACAAAGUCGAUGGUGCUGUUAGUGUUAAUGACUACGAAGAUGGUAAAAAGUACACGUUUGAAAAUGUAGUCAUUAUCGGUGGUAACAAAAAGAUCGUUUCUCUUGAUGGAUAUGCUGUUUCCACAACUAACAAAGCUAUCUUCGACAUGAAACUCGGUUAUGGGGAUGAGAAUUUAGCUUUAAAAUUGAACGGCAAUAGAUUAGGGGAAAAAAAUUAUCUAGUAGAAUUAUCAGCCGUGCCAUCGAAAGAUCCAAAUAUUGGAUUUAACGCUAAAUGGGAAUACAACAGGCAACCACGGAAAUUUGAUCAUAAAUUCGUUUUUAUUCACGGAGCUGAUCCAAACUCCGAGACGAAUCGUUUCACUUUGGAACAACACCUCGAUUACAAUCUUAAUGCAAAAGAUUUUCUUUUAUCGGGAUCGACAAAACUGAAAUAUCCCGCUGUUAAUGCACUUAUGGAAAUCGACGGGAAAAUAACUACUUCAAUGUUAGAAGCUGAUCUCGAUAUAAAAUACGAAAAAUUCAAAUUUGGUACCGAAUUGUUACUGAAAACCGAUAUGGUUAAACCAGGCGACUACGAAGUUGAAUUGGAGAUUGAACUUAUGCAAAAUAAAAUAGAAUUGAAAUCAAAGCGUACGGUCAUUGAGAUUAGAAAAAAAAGUAAGUUCCAGAAUUCUAUCGAACUAUCGCCAGGUGGUAAAUACGAGGCCAAUGGGGAAGUAACUUACGAAAUAAAUAAAAACCUUCUCAUUUUACAAUUGAACGGUGAUCUCAAUCUAAAUGGUAAAGCUGUCACGACUGAUACCGCUCUUGAAGUUAAAUUGGAUGACAUUAAUUCCCACGCGGUCAUUGCAGUUGCUGGAAAUAAAUAUUUAGACUUCAAUCUUAAAAAUCACAAUGGUCCAAAUCCCAAUGGAAAGUUGAAUUUGAAUGUGAAGAAUUAUUUGAUCGUUGUCGGACAAUAUAAUUAUAACAAUGGCAAAGGAAACGGACUUAUUACGAUCGAUAUUCCUAAAUACAAUCGCAAGAUCAAGGCUCACGGAGAUUUAACCGUGUCCGGAUCACAACAUACAGCUAACGUUGAAUUGUUAUACGAUGCUGACAAAAAUCCAACUAAACGCAUUAAAUUAUCAUCCGUUUCUGACAUUACAGAGACAUCGGUCGAUACUAAAAAUAUCCUAGAAGUUCUCUCAUACAAAUUAGAAUUAAAUGUGAAAGGUGAUCUUAAAGGAACACUGAAUAAUGGUGAAUUAACGAUCAAUGCAGAUACCACUCUACCAACUGGACGAUAUAUAGUCUUUUCUGGAAAACGAGUAUCGGCCAAGAAAGACAACUUGUACGAUAUUAAUGUACAAUCUGAAAUUAUAGAUCACGUCAAGAAAGGUGACGCGUCACAGAAAUUAACGUACAAGGUCGAUCUUAAAGAUUUAAAUAUAGAUAAAAUAACUUUCGUGUCGCAUAUACAAUCAACUUACGUUGGUUUUGAUGGGCGUGAUUUAGUGUCCGAUUUAGUUCUUAAUAUUCUCGAAAACGCGUCGAAGAAUAAGGUAGAACUCGAUUUAAAACAUUCGGGAUCGUUUCUACACAAACCCUUUGCUUUUGGAAUAAAUAGCGAUUACGGGCAAAAUGAUGCAACAUAUAAAAUCAAAUCAUCUCUUGGAAAUGACUUUGAUCUUACGAUUAAUGGUAAUUACAUUGGUGGUAACAACGUAGGCGUACCUUACAAAUCCAAAUUUAAUGGUGAAGUUAAACUGCCGUUUGAAAAGUUACAAAAUAUCAAAUUACAUGUAUCCGAAAAUGUGUUAUUAAAUCUUCAAGAAAAUAAUCUUUUGGAGUAUUCAGGUGUUCAUGAACUUACUUAUAACAACGACAAAAAUAUUAAAAUGGAUACCCAUUUAAAAUACAAGGUUGACAGCAACGGCAACGAAGGCGGUGGAAAGAUUAGUUUGACUGUUCUUCAUUAUCCAACUUUAAUUAUUGAAAGUACAUUCAAUAAUGUUGUCUCUGAUAAUAUAAACAAAGGUUCUUCAUUGAUAAAAUUGCAUUAUGGUGACAAGGGUGGAACGUUGUCUCUUAACGGUGCUGUUGCUACUGAUUUAUCAAUGAUUGACAUCAAUGCUAAAGCUACGACGACUAUGGAAAAAUUAAAAAAUAUCGAUUUUCAUUUUAACCAUCAGAAAAAACCAGAAACGAACUACAGAAAAACUGAUGCCACCUUACAAUUGGACGAUUCGAAAUAUACAUUAAACACUGAAAUUCAACAAAUGAAAACGGAACCAAGGAUUCACAUUACCUUUACUAGUCCAAGCGGCGUGACAGAAUUAUUAUCUGCUUACUCGAAACUCAGUGAUACCGAAUAUACAGGUGAAUUGAGGGUCAUAACACCGGUAGGAUAUGUUAUAAGUGAGGGACGAGUCAACUUAGUCAGUAUCGAUGAUUUCUUAAUUAUUAUCAACUUCGACAGCGAUAAAUUAAAAGAACGUAAAAUUUUUGCUGAGAUAUCUACCAAACCUACUGCUAAAACUGGAAAAAGGAUUAUUAUCACUGUCACCAGCGACGGCAAAAAUUUGGUAACUGGAAGUACAAAUUACAAAAAACACGAAGAAGGAGGCAAACUCACUGUAGAGGGUAAUGGUAGCUUGAAAAUUGGUGACAACGUAAGAAGUUCUUCUUUUAAAUAUACUCGUCAACAAUUGACACAUGAAACUGAUGGUGAAACUGGCGUGGCUAUGGUUCUUAAUGCUUAUUUCGGACCAUCUGCAAUAAUUGGUGAAAUCAAAUUUACAAAUAAAGAAUUACACGUGUUCAAUAGUUAUUGCGAGCAAAAUAACGACUGUGCGCACUUCAAAUAUCAAGCAACUUUGGACACAGACAAAGAAACUUAUCUGAAACAACAACAAACAGUCGAAUUCGAUUUGAGGAAGUUCAACAUACCUGCCGAAUUUGGUUUACAAAUUAGCACUCAAUUUGCGAAUAAUAUGCUUGAUCAUACAGCUAGUUUAUACAUGCAUUCCACUAAAGAUAAAUCUCAAUACACUUAUCAACUCUAUAUUCAUCCAAAGGAAGCUGCUGCCAUUCUAACUUUACCAAGCCGUGAGCUAGCACUUAUUGCAACAUUUGAUCUUCCGAAAAGUAAGCCAAUUGGAUCAUACAAAUUAGCACUUUCUUCAUUCUUAGAUAGAAAAAAUAAUCCGUCAGAAAAAACAAGUUUAUCUAUUAACAGUGAUGUUAACGUUGACAAAUCUAGUUUAUCCAUUAAUGGUGAAGCUAAACUUACAUAUCCAUCACAGACAAAGGACAUGAUGGUAAAAGGUAAAUUGCAUAGCAGCAACCAAAAUCUAUUGGAUGCUAGUAUGGACAUUGAUGUUUUCGCGAAAAAAUCGCAAAAAGUCAAUUUGAUUGCUAAGAUAGUACGCUUACCAAUUGAAAAAGGCUAUAAUAUAACUGGAUUAAUUGAAGUACUUAGUAAAGGUCAACAACUCAAGAUCGAACAUAAAACGCAUUUGACAUUGUCAACUAAUGAAAUAGGAGCCGGUUCUAUAUUUUCAUACACGGAUAUUAAUCAAAAACCAAGGAGUACCAUACAAUUAUUCUCUGCUAAUCAGAAUGAAGCUCAUCUCUUGAUAACUCUUCCCAGCAGAGAAAUCAUUAGAUCCGAUGUAAAAAUGGAAUGUUCUAAAACUUUACAAAAAGUGGAAAUAAAAACUAACAUUCUCGACAGAAAGCCUGUUAUUGCUACCAUUGAAGUUAACGAUUUCAACAACUUCAAAUUUGUACAAUACGAAAAGGGCAACCCUGACAACAAAUUGACUGCUAAUGGUCGUGUUGUAUUAGGAGAACUUGCAGAAGUUCAUUCUAAUUUUUACAAAAAUGGUGAAAAGAAAAAUUUGUUCCACAUCUUAGUGCACCUUGAUGAAAACAAAUUUUUGAAACCCGAUUUUGGAUAUGACAAGGAUAAUAUUGAAUACGUAGCGGAUUACAGCAAAAAGCAGAUUCUUGAUAUAGCGCAACAAGUGAAAACAGUUACAGCUGAUACGGGUAAGGAAAUUGUAACGGAACUCAAGGAUCUUCUAGAACAUACCAAAAAAGCUCAGCCAAAUUUGAAACCACUUUUGGAUUAUUACUCUGGUGAAUUAAAUAAAUUUAAAAACGAACUCAAUGCUGAUAAAACUAUUCAAGAGAUUCAAGCGAAUAUAAACAAACGAUUUGGGUCAUUUAUAAAUGCGGCGAAUGAGUUUAUUAAAAAACUUAUUGAACAAUUUAACGAGCUCUCCAAGCAAUACAACGUAGUUAUUUCUAAAUUGACUGAAGCAAUGGAAGCAACCUAUCCUCGAAUAAAAGAAUCUUAUAACAAAAUUUUUGACGCAUUCGUGGAACUAUUAGAUGCAGCUGCAAAAGUAGCCACGAUUUAUUUAAAAGUUAUUUUAAAUGUCAUUAAUGAUCACCAAAAGGAAAUAAAAGAAUUGGCUAUUGUGGUAACAGAACUUUUCCAAGGUGUUGCCAAAGUAUUAUUUAAAGCAGCUGAACAACUCAAAAAGGACAUUAAUGAAUUUGUAACUUUGCUCAUUAAUCAAGCCAAAGCUUUACCUGUUUAUGAAAUUGCAAAAGAGAAAUAUAAUCAGAUCAUAAACUUCGAAGUACCAGAAACAAUAACAAACCCUAUUGAAGAACUUUGCAACGCGAUAAAUGCAGGAUUACCUACAGUAGAAUUAAAACACUUCUUCAGUUCAAUAUGCGAGUACAUAUUAAUGAUUAUCAAACGACAAAAGCCUGACAAUGUUCAACAAUUGAAUAAAAUUUAUACGGAAGGCAUUGCUGUACUUAAAUCCUUAAUAAGUUUCCUAGAAAUACCAUCACUCUAUUAUGAUAUUAAAAACAUUUUUGACACAAAAAUACCAAUCAACUUGGGUAUUUUAACUAAAUUACCUGGUAUUGCCUCAUUGAGAGUUUCAGUCUUAAAUGUUUUGCAAAACGGUGAAUUACCAACACCUCUUGAUAUUUACUACACGUACAGGCCUACUGUGCAUCUAAAUGACAUCGUACCGCCAUUCGGCAAGACAGGAACUGUCAUUGAUGGAGGACACAUCUUUACAUUCGAUGGAAAUCAUUUGACAUUGCCUGGAACAUGCAAUUAUAUUCUAGUACAAGACAUGCUAGAUGGUAAUUUCUCUGUUAUCGGCAACUUCCAAAACGGAGUUCUAGUCAGUGUAACUGUUACCGAACCCAAAGAAAGUAUCACGCUGAAAAGCAAUGGAAACAUCUUGGUAAACAACAAACCCGCGGAUUAUCCUGCUAAUACAAAGAAUCUACAUGCUUUCUUGACCAAACCACUAGUAAAUGUGAAGUCUGAUUACGGUGUACGGGUAAUAUGUAAUGGAAAAGCACCUAUGAUUUGUACAAUUCGAGUUUCUGGCUUUUACCUUGGCAAAUUACGUGGGCUUCUUGGUGAUGGCAACAACGAACCAUAUGAUGAUUAUACUUUACCAUCUGGAAAGAUUACUCAAGACGGGAGUGAGUUCGGAAAUGCUUACAAAUUAAAAGGAGAUUGUCCAGCAGUUACUGCUGUUAAACCUGGCGCACCAACUUCAGCUUGUGCCGAAUAUUUUACCAGUUCUACUUCGCCAUUAAGUUCCUGCUUUAAAAUUGUUGACCCGAAAAACUAUCAGGUAGCUUGCGAUCAAAUCGUUAAUGCUGGCAUUUCUAAGGAUGGACGAUGUUUGAUUGCAAUGGCAUAUUAUGCUGCCUGUUACGAACACAAUGUUUUUGGCAUAAGCAUUCCUAAUAGUUGCGUAAGCUGUAAAGUUGGCGCAAAUUCAUUAACUGUUGGUGAAACAUUCAGUGUCAAGCUACCAAAGAAAGAAGCCGAUAUUAUCUUCGUAGUAGAAGAGACAGUGCAAAAUGAGAAAAUUUUCAAGGAUAUGAUUGCACCACUUAUGAAUGAAUUAAGAGAAGAAUUGAAACAACAUGGCUUAACUGACGUUCAUAUCGGUCUUGUUGGUUUUGGCGAACACUUAAACCAGCCACGUCAUUAUACAACAGACGGCAACACAAACAUCAUGGGUGAAGUAAAGAACAUUAAAUUCGAAGGAGAGAACCCGAUCAUAUCACUACCAGAAGCUAUAAAAGGAGACACAACUAAGAGAAUUAAAUAUCUCGAGCAAAGAUAUGACGUCGAAUUUGGUACUUUCAAAUUGACCGAGGCUUAUGAACAAGCAAUAAAUUAUCAAUUCAGACCAGAAGCAGUUAAAGCUGUUGUUGGUGUUAUCGCUAGCCCAUGUGAAAAGAGUCCUCUGCUCAUUUCAUUACAGCAAUUGCGUUUACUUCUUGGACAAAAAGUAUAUCGUGAUCUGGGACUAGAAUAUUACCACGUAUCAUUCCUGGACGAUAUUCUUAUUUCUGGAAAGCCACAAAAAAAUAUUGUUGGUUACGAUUAUGACAGUGCUUAUACUUUCUCUGAUAGUAAAAAGAGACCUAUGGAAGGAAGUAACGAUCUUAGAAAUAACCUUGUCUUAUCAACAAGUGAUGUUUGUGCAGACUUUGCCGUAUCCUCUGGUGGAGCAGCAUUUAGUUCGAGCAAUUUUCUGGAAGCGAAACCUAAUCAAAGGAAACAGUUCGUUCAAGUAGUCGCCCGAAGAAUUACUAGUGGUCUUGUCGACACCGAAAUCGAAGAGGAUUGCGUGUGCAAACAAUCUUACGGAGCAUUUGCUCGUCCACGUUGCAAAAUCGUAAACAAGAGAGAGAAGGAACCACUGACGAGGCACACUAAAGGUGGAGUUAAGGGCUAGAACUGUCUCGUAUAAUAGUAGAGACUAUUAUUAUUAAUUAAUCAAAAUGUAAUGUAUUUGCUUAUUAAGCCAUUACUAAUGUAUUUAGUAAUAUAUAAGAUUGUGUCAUUUAAGAUUCACAUUUAUUUUAUAUAAAAUGACAAAGCACCAUUAAAACAUAAAUAACAUAAUAAAUUCGAUAUUAUAAUUGUUAAACAA